AUGGAUCUGGAUGUCACUACCUCUGACCCUACCAAAAUUAUGGGCUCUGAUGAUGCAACAACACCACCGAGUUCCCCCCCACCCCCAAUCAUACUUACCAACGACGAUAAACGUGACAUUCUGGCAUCUCUGCUACAAGAGGGUUGGAAAGGACCAGAUAUCCUCAUAAUUCUUCAAGAAAAUUAUGGCUGGACUAUUUCCCUGCGUUCUCUCAGCCGACUCCGCCAAACGUGGAGCCUACGGCUCAAAGACCUUCCACCCCAGGAUUCUUUACUCCCUGCGACUCGUGCAAGUCUCAUUUCAGCACAUCGAAAUGGUUUGACAGUUUUCGAAAUGCGCUCCCAACUUCUGAGUGAAACAGGAAUGGAUGUCUCUACCCGCACUGUGGAGCGAUAUCUGAGGGUGCUUGGCUUGAAACAACGGCAAAAUGACUUAGCUGAUGGAAAGAUCACCAGGGAAGGGGUUGUCGAGCACAUCAGGCAUGCCCGUGAUGCACUUCUGGCAAACUCAGCUGGCUACCGAAGGAUGCGGCAGAUUCUGGUGACCAACUAUGGUCUCCAUGUACCUAGACAGGUGGUAUAUGACAUUCUCAAAGAGCUGGAUCCUGAAGGAAUGGAAAUGCGCCUUAAAAAGACAUGCAAAAGAAGAGUCUUCCGGACCAUUGGUCCCAAUCACAUCUGGGCUGCGGAUGGGCACGACAAAUUAAAGCGUUUUGGAAUCACGGUUUAUGGAUUUAUCGAUGCAUGGUCCAGAAAAGUUUUAGGAAUCUUUGUUCAUGUGACCAAUAAUGAUCCAAGGCAUAUAGGAGUAUACUUUCUCCGAUUGGCCAGGGAUCAUGGGGGAAUACCACAAAAAGUGACUACAGACAAGGGGACAGAAACCGUAAUCUUGGGUGCUUUCCAAGUCCAACUGUCCUACGAAUUCAUUCCAAAUAUAUCCCUUGAAGAGGCCAAGAAACACAUGCAUUAUACCAAGUCCACCCACAAUCAGAAAAUUGAAUCAUUAUGGUCAAGAAUGAUGACAGAGCACAACAGGCCAGUGAUUGAUAACAUUUUGCAACACAUGGAAAAUGGGAGUUAUGAUGACAGUGAUGCAUUACAAAAGUAA